GCCUCAUGUCCAUCAACUUUGAAUAAACCGCUUACGUACUGACCGGCUCGAGAGGCCCCUCGACAUAAAGCUGUCGACCUCCCAACAUCACGCCCAGAAGCAGUUCCUCGCUUUGUUGGCUCUCGGGUCGUGCUGCUGAAUCCUGCCCUGCAGUCUCACGCUCAAAGCUCACCGACCGAGUCCAUAUCCACUUCGUCACCUCGCCCGUCUUUCACGAUGCCGUCCCUAGAUAUCAUCGAUCACUCACCCCACCAACCAGAUCCGUCGCCUCCGAUCCCGACGGCCUCCAAUCUUGUCCUGAUUGACAACUACGAUUCCUUCACCUGGAACAUUUACCAGUAUCUCGUGCUUGAGGGCGCCACCGUGCACGUCUUCCGAAAUGACCAGAUCAGCGUCGAAGAGCUCAUCCACAAGAAUCCCACUCAGCUCAUCAUAAGCCCUGGCCCUGGACACCCCACCACCGAUUCCGGCAUCAGUAGGGAUGCCAUACGGCACUUCGCUGGCAAGAUCCCCAUAUUUGGUGUCUGCAUGGGCUUGCAGUGCAUGUUCGACGUCUACGGAGGCGACGUAAACUCUGCGGGCGAGUGGCUGCAUGGCAAGACGUCGCCCUUGACUCACGACUCCAAAGGAGUGUUUGCCGGUCUGGACCAGGGCCUUCCUGUGACCAGAUAUCACUCCCUAGCCGGAACUCACGUCACGCUGCCAGAAUGUCUCGAGGUCACGUCCUGGGUGGCGAACCCCGAUGGCUCGCCGGGAAUCAUCCAAGGCAUCCGUCACAAGGAGUACGCCAUGGAAGGCGUUCAGUUUCACCCCGAGAGCAUCCUCACCGCCCAUGGCCGCAAGAUGAUCCGGAACUUCUUGCACAUGCAGGGCGGGACCUGGGAAGAGAAUAGUUUGCUACAAAAGGCUUCUGUUGAGAUUGCCUCCACCGCGACGCAGGACAAGCCCAAGAGCAACAAUAUUCUGCAGAGAAUCUACGCAAGCCGUAAGGCUGCUAUCGCCAUCCAAAAGGAGAUUCCCUCACAGAGGAUGGCCGAUUUGCAAGCCGCCUACGACCUAAACGCCGCACCUCCGCUCAUUCCCUUUGUCAACCGACUGCGACAAACCCCGUUUGAUGUGGCUCUCAUGGCUGAGAUCAAGCGUGGGUCACCAUCGAAGGGUAUCUUCGCACUUGAAAUCAACGCUCCUACGCAGGCUCGGAAAUACGCUCUGGCUGGUGCGAGUGUCAUAUCUGUUCUCACGGAACCGGAGUGGUUCAAGGGAAGCAUCGAAGAUCUGAGGGCAGUUCGUCAAGUCCUCGAUGGCAUGCCAAACAGGCCCGCCAUCCUGCGCAAGGAGUUCAUUUUCGAUGAAUAUCAGAUACUAGAGGCCAGAUUGGCUGGCGCUGACACGGUGCUCCUGAUUGUCAAGAUGCUCGACCAGGCUCUCCUGGAGCGUCUGUACAAGUACUCUCUUAGCCUGGGAAUGGAGCCUUUGGUGGAAGUUCAGAACGUCGAGGAGAUGACGACUGCGGUACAACUGGGUUCGAAGGUCAUUGGCGUGAACAACCGCAACCUGGAGAGCUUUGAGGUCGACUUGAACACGACAGGGCGAUUGAGGAGCAUGGUCCCAGAGAACACGCUGAUCUGUGCGCUCAGUGGCAUCAACACUUACCAAGACGUUCUCAUGAACAAGAGGGAUGGCGUCAACGCCGUUCUCGUGGGAGAGGCGAUCAUGCGCGCACCCGACGCCAGUGUGUUUAUCAGCGAGCUAUGCUCUGGGUCCAAGCCACCGGUUGAGAAGCAGGCCACAACCCAGCUUCGCGUCAAGAUUUGCGGGACGCGCAGUGUCGAGGGCGCACAACAAGCGAUGAGCGACAAGGCAGACUUUGUGGGUAUUUGCCUGGUGCCUAGUGCCAAGAGGUGUAUCUCCCACGAGACAGCGAUGGCGAUAUCGAAGGCAAUUCACUCUGCGCCAGAGUCGCUGCAGCCCCAGGGCGACCAGCAGGUCUCUGCCGCUGGUGCCACCGAUUACUUUGCCGCUGCCGGCGCGAGACUGGAUGGGUCACGAACUCGUCUGGUUGGGAUCUUCCAAAACCAACCAUUGAGCGAGGUCCUCGAGAAACAGCGUCUGUAUAACCUCGACCUCGUCCAGCUCCAUGGCGAUGAGCCGAUAGAGUGGGCCAAGCUCAUACCGGUACCCGUCAUUCGCUGUUUCAAGCCCGGCCAGGUAGGUCUGGGACUCAGAGGCUACCACACGGUGCCGCUCCUCGACUCUGGCGCGGGCUCAGGAAAGUUGCUGGACGUGUCCAGUGUAAAGGCUGCCCUGGAGAGGGAUCCUGACCUGAGAGUCUUCCUCGCGGGUGGGUUGAACCCGGAGAAUGUGGCAGAGGCAGUCAACGCUCUGGGAAGCCUGGGAAGCCGGGUGCUAGGCGUGGAUGUUAGCAGUGGUGUUGAAGAGGGUGGUAAACAAAGUAUGGCGAGAAUCUCUGCGUUCAUCAAGGCAGCAAAGAGCAUUAGGUAGAUCGACCCGACGUAUCGAGUCAAAAGCUGGUUUCAAUACAAGUGAGCAUUGGCUACAUCCUUUGCGG